AUGAGAACCGCCGCUCGCUUUAGCCCGGCAGCUCUGCUGUCUCUGCUGUCCACAAUCGUUGCUGCUUCUAGUACCCUCAAGGGCCAAACCAUUGAGGUCAACGGCAAUUCUUACUAUGUGUCGACGACUGCGGUGACAACUCUCGAGAUUCCUAGUGGCCAAGUGCAUCAGGACAAUGGCCUCCUCCCACUCACUGUUAUUCGAAGUGAUGUUUCAAAAUUAACGACCGCGGUUAUCAAGGACAUUGUCAAUGCCUACCAGACGAACGACGAUGUUUUCAACACUGGCUUCCUUGAAAACAUCUUUGUCACAUAUAAUGGCACUGGUAAGAAGCCAACCGAGAGUGUCGCUCUGCCUUCCGGUUGGGGGAACAAAUUUCUUGGCUUCUCUGCCGCAUAUAGCACAAAGAAGGCAACCACCUCCUCGAAAAAUAUCCCCCCCGGGCCGUACUUCUUGGACGCGGCUACUGGGGAAGUGUUUGAGGCCUAUUUACUGUACUCUGAUGUGAUGGGAUCCUUCACUCAAGGUUUAUAUGCGGUGGGGGAUGGCUCCUAUGACGUACUCCCAGCGAGUCUCCAAGGAUACGCGUCCCUAACGAUCGGCGUUCCAUCUCGCCUAUAUUUCACCAAGACCAAAAAGCAGCCUCUGGCAGGAGUACGUCUUGGUGUGAAGGACCUGUAUGACAUCAAGGGUGUCAAGACUGGCUGCGGAAACCGCGCCUAUUACGAGACAUAUGCCGCUGCCAAUACCACUGGCCCGGCUAUUCAGUCCUUGAUCGACGCUGGCGCAGUCAUUGUAGGGAAGAUGAAGACAAGCCAGUUCGCCAAUGGCGAGACUGCCACCGAUGACUGGGUUGAUUACCACUCCCCGUUUAAUGCGCGAGGAGAUGGAUACCAGGAUCCUAGCUCAUCCUCUUCCGGCCCUGGAUCUGGCAUUGGGGCGUAUCCGUGGCUGGAUAUUGCUAUUGGCAGCGACACCGGUGGCUCCAUUCGUAACCCGUCUCAAGUGAACGGCUGUUUUGGAAAUCGCCCAUCUUGGAACCUCGUGUCGCUAGACAAUGUUAUGCCCAUGUCUCCUCUCCUCGACACUGCUGGAUUCCUCACUCGUGACGCAAAAUUGUGGCAAACUGCGUCCGAGGUGCUCUAUGCAAGUGCUAACUUGAAGUCCUACACCAAGUACCCUCAAACCAUUAAAACGAUCGGCUUUCCUACCAGCUCUUCUACAGAGGCUUAUGGUAUUCUUCUUGACUUUGUUUCCAGCCUCUCCUCCUUUCUAGACGACGCCACUGUGUCUACUCUGGACUAUGAUACCCUCUGGGAAUCCACCAAACCUUCAAGCGUGUCCGCUGAUACGACGCUGGAAACCAUGUUAAACAUCACUUAUCCCAUUCUCAUCUCGAAGCAGCAGUACCCUCGCGUCGCCGAACCACUCUAUACCGACUAUGCUGCCGCAAAUGGUGGUCGCAAACCUUUUAUUGACCCUGUUCCUCUAUCUCGCUGGAACUGGGGCUUGGAAUACCCCGAGUCCCAGCUGCAGACCGAGAUCCAGAACAAAGAUACCUUUACGGCCUGGUGGAACAGUACAGUCCAAGUCUUCGACUCAGAAACAUGCUCAGACAGUAUAAUUUUAUAUGUGGGUACGGCUGCGACGCCAACAUAUCGGAAUGUGUAUCGCAGCAUGCCCGGCAUCCCAAGCGGAUUCUCGACCUCUCGUAUUGCGAACUUUGCAGGUGUUCCUGACAUGGUCGUGCCCAUUGGCCAGGCGAAGUACAAUUCGAGCAUUACGGGGCAGGAGGAGUAUCUGCCUGUGGCUGUGGACUUUAUCGCGCCCCAUGGCUGUGAUCUGAUGAUCUUCAACCUUGUGAACGAAUUGGUGGCGGCGGGCAUUGUUCAAGAGCCCGUUACUGGCUCGACCCUCUAUGGCGAUGGGACAAUUUAUUAUCACUAG